AUGGCCACUGUCACAGGAGCGAUCUUCCUCCUCGUAACGACACCCCGGAGACCGAACGUGUAUCGCAGGCCCAAUGGGAGAAUCGUCGAUGGGCAAGGAUCAUCAUCCAUACUCGGACGCUGGUCGUUUUCCUGGACCGAGCGAGUCAUCCGCUCCAUGCACUUCGAGGCUCCUCACGAUGUCCGUGACAUCGACAUCCUGCCAGAGCUCGACUACAAAACACGAUCAGCCACUCUUGCGAACACGUUCCGCUCGCAAAGAGAGCGCCAUAGUGCCAAGUCUCCCCAUCCCAGUUUGUGGAGGUGCCUUGCACAGAUGAACUGGCAUACGCUACUUGCUGCCGCUGCUCUCGUGCUGCUGUCCGCCGCGCUCGGCUUCGCGCCGCAAAUAUUUCUCUGGAAGAUCCUCAAAGCCCUAGAAUGUAUGGAAAACGGCGUCGAAUGCCGAACCGCUUCACAAAUGAUGCCAUGGGUUGUGAGUCUGGGUAUGACCAUGACUCUCACGGCAACCGUCGACGAGUGGUUGUCGUGGCUGGCACAGUCAAGGCUGAGCAUACCUUUGUACGCGCAGCUCGCCUCGGAAUUGUUCGAAUGUGCCAUGCAUCGCAAGGAAACACCCCUCGCCGGAGAUCAGGCUUUUGAGGGAGAUGACGGCGGCGGCAGUGUCGACGAAGACGUCGCGAUCAAAUCCGCAGAAGAUCUGGCGGACCCAACUCCGAGCCUAGUAAACCUGGUGGCUGUCGACACGCAGCGCAUCGCCGAUUUUCUGGCCAUUGGCCCCGUCAUACCUAUCACGGGCCUCAAAACCGCCAUCUCAGUCGUGUUUCUCUUCGAACUGGUGGGAUGGCAAAGCCUGUUGGCCGGGCUCGCCGCAUUCACCGUAAUUGCCCCCAUCAACACGCGGCUGUCCGCCAAGUACGGCGGGGCGCAAAUGCAACUAAUGAGCCAAAGAGAUGCGAAAGCGGCUGUAAUGACAGAGCUCCUCCACGGGAUCUCGCAGGUCAAAUUCUCUGCCCUCGAAUCACUCUGGAUAGGACGGGUCGGCACGCUACGUCGAAGGGAGCUGGCGGCUCAGCGGAGAGUCUUCGCCCUGGAAACCGGCUUGGUCUGCAUAUGGAUCCUCGCGCCGGUUCUUCUCUCGGCUGUUGUCCUCAGCACUUUUUCGUUGAUUCAUGGAGGCCUCACCGCAUCCGUCGCGUUCACGGCCCUGUCCAUAUUCGGCGAGCUCGAGAUUUGGCUGGCAGUGCUGCCGCUGCUGUUUUCGCAGCUGCUGCAAGCAUGGACAAGUCUCACUAGGAUAGAACAAAAGCUGCGCGAGCCCAGAGUAGCAGAUCCGCGGCAGUUCUCGUCCAACGUUCGCAUGGACGGCGCCACGAUCGCUUGGCCAAUCGACUCGGGAACAGACAGGCUGGUCAGUUCUAUGCUCAAGAAAGUAACUGUUUCCUUUCCGGACAGGGCCUUGAGCAUAAUUGUCGGAAAGACUGGCUCUGGAAAGAGCAUGUUACUAGCCGCCAUUCUAGGAGAAUGCGAUGUUCUGGAGGGCAAGGUGUCAGCGCCUAUGGUGGCAUCACAGGGGGUGCAGCCAACUUCCGGCAUGACAGCCCCUUGGGUCAUCUCAUCUGCCUGCGCUUUUGUCGCACAAACGCCUUGGAUUCGAAGCGCCUCCGUCAAGGACAACAUCCUGUUUGAGUUACCAUACGAUGCUGCCAGAUACCGUCAGGUGCUGUAUGCAUGCGCUCUUAACCACGACGUCCAGCGCUGGCCAAACGGCGAUGAGACAAAUCUCGGAGAAAACGGUGUAAAUCUCAGUGGUGGCCAGAAGUGGCGGAUCUCACUGGCACGCGCGUUGUACUCCCGGGCACACACCAUUGUCAUUGAUGACAUCUUCAGUGCGCUGGACGCCAACACCGCGCGACACGUAUGUGAGAACGCCCUUGUGGGAGAGCUCUCACGGGGUAGGACUCGUAUUCUCGCGACCCACCACGUUAGUUUGGCCUUGCCAUACGCCGAGUAUGUCGUUCACUUGGACAAUGGCUCGGUAGCUUACGCGGGAGCCCCGGGCGGAUGGACACAAUCAGGAGAGAGCAGCCGACUGCCUCACAACCCACUAUUUACCUCGGAGCCUCACGAGGAAAUGCUGGACACAGAGCAAGAACAGCAGAACCCCAGAGGAUACCUGGAGAAAGAGUCACAUCAGAUUGGCCGCCUGAGCUCAAUGGUUCUGCGACGAUACCUCAAGGCAACCGGUGGACUCGCCGCUUGGGCGUUCAUAACAAUGGGCUACCUCGGCCAUACGACUCUAAUCAUCCUGCGUCCCUGGUGGAUAAGCGUCUGGACGCAGUCGAGUAGUUGGACGCGGACGAAUCUUGAGCAUCCCGUUCAUGAUGAGGGCGCAGACGACACAACGUGGUAUAUGGCCAUCUAUCUCUCAAUCGCUUUAGGGACCUGUAUCAUCGGCACCGUAAGGUACUAUCUUGUCCUCGCGGCUGGUUUGCGUGCCUCUCGCCUCCUAUUCACAGAAGUGCUUCACGGGGUGGUCUUCGCACCACUCAUGUGGCACCACACGGUACCGUCUGGGAGGGUAUUGAACCGAUUCACGGUGGACUUCCACCUUGUCGACUCAAAGCUCGUCAACGCGCUGGGAUCCAUCAUUUACAGCGCUAUGUACCUGCUCGCGAUUGUCAUUGCAGGGUGUAUGGUGUCGCUCUGGAUCUUUGGAGUUGCUCUGCUCUGUACAGCAGCCUGUGUGGUCUAUUCCAGAAAGUACUUGAAAGCGGCACGAGAGACCAAGCGGCUCGAGAGCAACACCCGCAGCCCCGUCAUUGACCACUUGGUCUCGUCGAUGACUGGGCUCAAAACCAUCCGCGCGUACGACUGCGUCGGCAAGUACAUCGACCACAUGCAUGACAAAGUGGACCGGCACUCCAGGGCAGCUUGGUACCUGGCCCUAACAAACAGAUGGCUUGCCCUGCGUCUGAGUCUUCUUGGAGCCCUGUUCUCGAUGUUGACCGGGGCAAGCGUGCUCCUGUUCAACCGGCUGAGCGCCUCAGAGGUAGGCUUUGUGCUGUGCUUCGCACUGAAGUUCUCAGCAACAGUCGACUGGGCCAUACGGCAGUACGCAAGCUUCGAACUGGACAUGAAUGCGGCAGAGCGAUGCCUGGAAUACUCCGACAUCACUCCCGAAGCGGCUGGCGGUGAUGAUGUGGAUGAUACCUGGCCUACCACUGGGAGGCUGCGCGUCGAGAAUCUAUCGCUUGGCUAUGAUGCAGAUAGGACCGUCAUUGACGGCGUCUCGCUGAGUAUCGAGCCAAACACGAGACUUGGGGUCGUUGAGAGAACGGGUGCGGGCAAGUCGACGCUAGCAUUGGGCCUGUUCCGCUUCCUUGAGACCCGGCGAGGCAGCAUCACUCUGGAUGGGCGGGAUAUUGCGGCGAUCAAGAUCCCGGAUUUGCGAAGCCGCAUCGCUAUCGUUCCACAGGACCCGUUUCUAUUCUCCGGGACCAUCAGGUCCAACAUCGAUCCGUUCGAGCGACUGUCCGACUACGAGCUGCUUGGCUGCCUGGCAAGGGUCCACCUCGGACUUCGAAACGCUCAACGCGAGGAUCUAGCGCUGGACACGCGAGUUUCUGCGGGUGGGAGGAACCUUUCGCACGGUCAGCGACAGCUGGUGUGCCUAGCGCGAGCCAUGGUCGCACAGCCACGCUUCUUGAUUCUCGACGAGGCCACUUCGGCGGUUGACAACGAAGCAGACAUAUGCCUCCAGGCCACUAUCAGGGCCAACUUCGGCGUCGGCGGGUCGUCGGUGCUGGUGAUUGCGCACCGCAUCAGGACCGUUGUGGACUUUGACUCUAUCGUGGUCAUGGAUCGCGGGCGAGUGGUUGAGUUUGGAGCGCCCGCCGAGCUCUAUCAAAGGGAAGAGGGGCACUUUCGAAGGCUGGUGAACGAAUCCAACGACACGGAUGCUCUGGUGGGGAUACUGAAGCCAAGAUGA